AUGUCUCUCUUUUUCCACUCUAUCGUCCCUUUCCUUUCAUUCAGUCAUCCCAAAUCACAUCCCAUCACAGCAACCAUAUUAAAAGCCAAGGCUACAACCAAGGCCGCCGCCAAAAAGCCUACCACUGCUAAAAAGCCUACCACCGCUAAAAAGCCCACCACCGCCAGCCCUAGCCCUAGCCCUAGCGACGUACCGAUAGCUAAGAAGACGACCGGCAAGACUAAGCCGGCAAAGCAGCCGGCCACUAGAGAGGUUGCUUCGGCAUAG